GAGACUCAGAGACAGACAGAGGCUGUGUGUGUGUGUGUGUCAGUGUGUGUGUCGGUGAGUGUGUGUGCGUGUCUGUAAAAUGCCGCUGCCAGCUCAACACGUGUGAUUGGACAUGGAGGCCGUCACCGCAGCCAAUGACACACAGGACGAGCUCCGCCUCCUGCCCCCGCCUGACGAUGACCCCGGCAACCUCGGUUACCAUGACUACGACCCAAAUGCCGGAGCCGUCCCCGUGAACUUUCCGGAGGACCCCAUCAGACUGCUGAGCGUGCAGGUGGUGCUGAUCCUGGCCUACAGCACCAUCAUCGUGCUGGGGGUUCUGGGUAACUCUCUGGUCAUCUACGUCAUCUACCGCUUCAAGACGCUCCGCACCGUCACCAACUUCUUCAUCGCUAACCUGGCUGUUGCCGACCUCCUGGUCAACACGCUGUGUCUCCCCUUCACCCUCGUCUACACGCUGCAGGGGGAGUGGAAGUUCGGCAGCACCCUCUGUUUCCUGCUGCCCUACGCCCAGGGCCUCGCCGUGCACGUCUCCACCGUGACGCUCAAUGUCAUCGCCUUGGACCGCCACAGGUGUAUUGUGUACCACCUGGAGACCAGGAUGCGUAAGGAUGUGUGUUUCGGGGUGAUAGCUCUGACCUGGGUGCUGAGCGCCGUGCUGGCCAGCCCCCUGGCCAUUUUCAGAGAGUACGGCUCCUUCACGCUGGAGCCUGGACACACCAUACAGGUGUGCACGGAGAAGUGGCCCGGUAAAAGCACGGACGGCACCGUCUACAGCAUCUCCAUGUUGAUCCUGCAGUACUUCCUGCCGCUGUCCAUCAUCUCCUUCGCCUACGCCCGCAUCUGGUCCAAACUGCGCGGCCACGUCAGUCCAGCGGAGAGCGGCGGCAACAGCAGCGCAGGCUCCGAGCGCCACCGCCGGCGCCGCAAGACCACCAAGAUGCUGGUGACCAUGGUGGUGGUGUUCGCCGUCAGCUGGCUGCCGUUUCACGCCUUCCAGCUCGCCACCGACAUCGACAGCACAGUGCUGGACAUGCGCGACUUCCGCCUGCUCUACACUGUCUUCCACGUGGUUGCCAUGUGCUCCACCUUCGCCAACCCGCUGCUGUACGGCUGGAUGAACCGCAACUACCGCGCCGCCUUCCUCGCCGUCUUCAAGUGUCGCAGGGGUGGAGAGAGGGGGAGGAGCGGCCGACUGGACAGCAUUCACCCCGUCGGUGGAGGCGGAGGUGGAGGGAGGGCAAAGAAGAUAGUGCUUGAAACCCAGGAUGUGGUGUCCACCCGCCUGAACGCCACCGACGUGUGA